CGAUUAAAUACCUCGUAUGGAAUUCAUUAAAUCCGUUGACGACUUUAAACAAUUACAGCUUUAUUAUUUAGGAUGAUAGAAAACUCAUAAAUAGGUUAUAAGGAAGAUUGUGCGGCGAGGAUGAGGGUGGAGGUUGGGGAGGAGUGACCAAUCAGCUGGUGGCUUAGAACGGUGGUGUAGUCCGGAGCUGUGACGUCACGCGGUGUCUGUCUUCCAGGACACCGGACGUGUUUUCAUACACAAAUAAUAUUUGAGACUACCUUAAGAUGGAUAAGCAACAAAAUGACCAGUUCAAGAACAGAAUGGGCGUAUUCAAGAACAAAGGAAAGGACCAAGACGAGAUGAGAAGACGAAGGACUGAAGUUACGGUUGAAUUAAGAAAGAACAAGAGAGAAGAAACAUUUUUGAAACGACGUAAUGUACCUACAGUUGAUUCUACAGAUACAGGUGGCAGCUCAGAUCCAGCGAUGAAUAAGAAUACAGAAUAUGAUGAAGAUGUUGACAAGCAACUUACAGCAGAUAAUUUGGCAUUAAUUGUUGCUAAUGCAGCAAGUGAGGACCAGGCAGUUCAACUUGCAGCAGUCCAGGCAGCCCGUAAACUCUUGUCAUCUGAUAGAAACCCACCCAUAGAUGAUCUGAUCCAGUCUGGCAUUCUUCCUAUACUUGUUAAAUGUCUAGAAGGCACAGACCAUAUGUCUUCCCCGGACAGCCCGUCGCUGCAGUUUGAAGCGGCUUGGGCCCUGACCAACAUUGCCUCUGGUACAUCCAGGCAAACUCAGGCAGUGGUCCAAGCCGGUGCUGUUCCUCUCUUCCUGAAACUUCUACACUCGUCAAGUCAAAAUGUGUGUGAACAAGCCGUCUGGGCAUUAGGUAAUAUUAUUGGUGAUGGGCCACAGCUGAGGGAUUAUGUCAUCUCCUUGGGUGUCGUUCAGCCGCUGCUUAGCUUCAUUAACCCAGAGAUACCCAUUGGAUUUUUGCGGAAUGUGACGUGGGUUGUUGUUAAUCUAUGCCGUAACAAAGAACCGCCUCCACCUCAGCAGACUAUAAAGGAGAUACUACCAGCUCUUAAUAUAUUGAUACACCACCAAGACACCUCAAUUCUGGUGGACACAGUUUGGGCACUCAGCUACCUGACUGAUGGUGGUAAUGUAAAUAUUCAAUUGGUUAUAGACAGUGGUGUAGUACCCAAGCUUAUACCACUUCUUUCUCAUAAGGAAGUUAAAGUGCAAACAGCAGCGUUAAGAGCUGUGGGUAAUAUUGUAACUGGUACAGAUGAUCAGACGCAAGUAGUCCUCAACUGUGGCGCAUUAUUUCACUUCCCUACUCUCCUCACACAUCAAAAGGAAAAAAUCAACAAGGAAGCAGUUUGGUUCCUGAGUAAUAUCACAGCAGGUAACAAACAACAAGUACAGGCAGUCAUUGAUGCAGGUCUCAUACCAAUGAUAAUAACGCAGCUAACGAAAGGAGAGUUUCAAACUCAAAAGGAGGCGGCGUGGGCCAUCAGUAACCUCACUAUUUCAGGCAGUAAACAGCAGGUGGCCUAUCUCGUGAGUGAAGGCGUGAUUCCGCCCUUCUGCAACUUGUUGACUUGUAAGGAUACUCAGGUCAUUCAGGUGGUACUUGAUGGUAUCUCCAACAUUCUAAGUCGAGCAGGUGAAGAUGUGGAAAUGGUGGCCAAUAUGAUAGAAGAGUGUGGUGGUCUAGACAAGAUUGAGUUCCUCCAGAACCAUGAAAAUGUAGAGAUAUACAAGUUGGCAUAUAGUAUUAUUGAAAGAUAUUUCUCGGAAGAAGAUGCCGAGGACCAAAAUUUAGUACCGGAAUCAACCGAGACAGAAUAUGCAUUUGACAAUAACAGUACUAGUGAGGGAGGCUUUCGCUUUUAGUGACUGUUGGCAACUAGGUAUAUCUAAUUUCAAAAAUUUCAGUGAAUUUAGUAAUUAUGAGUAGUAGGUAAUGCCUAAAUAUAGUUGUAUUUUUUCAUAUUGGUAAUAGGAAAAUAUGGUACAUUAUAUUGCAUUAACACCUACAUCUCAUAAUGGCAAAUUUACACAUCAUAAUUAAAACUUACGAAUCUUCGCUGUUAAUAUUUACAUACAGAUCCAGAUUUCCGAUAAGCUGAAUUUUAAACCAGAAUAAUUUUUCAGUAAUAUAUUACUUAUGUAUAAGACUCUUGUGGAACUGAACCUCAAAAUAUUGAGCGUUACAAAAACUUUACAAUCUUUUAAAUUCAUCAUGCACUCGUGUGAAUUGAAAAAUUAAAUACAUAUAGUGGAAAUUCUAAUAAGACAAUUUUAAGAAAACAACUUACUGUACUACAAAAGAAAAAUGAAGAGGAUGUCCUUAGGAACCUGUCAGGAAUAAUUAGAGGAUGCUGAACACAAGAUCUGAGAAGUGAACUUUAUAUCUUCAGAGAAACAUAACUGUUCCUCAAGACCAAAAGAAAUAGACUGAGUGUGAACUACGGGUUGGAUGAUUCGAGGAGCACACUGUUGUUGUGAUAUGUAAUGUAAAUUUUCCACAAUGUGAAGAAAAAAUGGAAUUGGGGUAUACUUUUAACCAUUUAACAGACAAUAAAAGAUCACCAACGACACUUUGAUGCUCUGUACUAAAUAAAAUUUAUAUAUAUUGGUGUUGGUGAUAAAGGUGAUGGUACCAGUAUUCGAAGCAUAAGUUGAGUAGGCUCAAUAAAUAGGCCCAUUGCAAGUUGCCUUCAAGACUGUGUCAGCUAGUGUGAAAAUAAAAACUGGAUGAUAUGGUGAUUGGACAACUUUUUCAUCAUGUUUGACACAUUCAGGAUAUCUUCAGUCAUGAUAAGAAUUUCAUCUUGUGUGUAAUACACACAAUCAUAUAAUAACCAUUUUUAAUCCAUAAUUGGGAAAUUUGAAGACAAAAAAUAGUUAUUAAAAUGCCAGUGGACAGUUUACCCCUCAUACAUUUAAGUUUUCCUUAACCUAGGAACAUUGUAAUGGAAGUUAGACUGAGCACGUGUGUGUGUUAUACACAGUGAUUUACAACCCCUCCUCCCCCUUUUUUUUUUAUUCUUUGUUCUUGAGUUCUGUCUGUGUACAUUGGUUCUAAUUGUAAUAAUUUGAUAUAAUGGUUAUUACCUGUUUUCCAGGCCCUUUUACAUGCCAUUUUUUAAUGCAAAGUGGUUGGCGAGUCAUGAUAAUUUAUCAAAUGUCAUAAUUGCAUGGCCAAUACCAUAAGUCUGAUAGUUACACCAGUCCUUUCCUAAUACCUAUACUGGUUAGGAAUCCCAGCUCUUUAACUUGUUGACUCUGUUAUUAUUUCUAUAUCUCAUUCCUUAGCAUGAUUUAUGUAUUACUUGACAGAUUAAUAGUGCAUUUUCUAUCAAUUAAAGGAAACUUCAUGUCUAUAAGUUGAAAUUUGUGCAAGUGGCACAAGUUCGUCUGCAUUUUUUAUGACACGGUGUCUAACUUCUACUUGUCUGUAAAGUAUGUCGGCAAGAGAGGGUUUGUUGAUUCCACUCUCUGAAUUGUAAUUACAAUUUAGAUGAAGUGGCAGGACACCAAAUACAGAUCAAGUGAGAGACUAGCAGCUUAUGUAGAAGUUGGGAUUUGUUGUAAAGCAGCUUUGUGUCCACUGCAGCAUACCUUUAGUGUCGUCCAAAGACAUGGCUGAGAAAGGGAAUUACCUGCAGACUGAAGGUUAUCACUUUGCCUUUAUUUGAGACAUGGUCUCCCCUUGUCUUGAACUGUCUUGUUACAGUUGUUUCUGUGUUGCAAAUAAGAGAAGUUUUUACUCAAAAAAAAAAUAAUUCAUGAUUAUUCAAAUCUGAAAUAGAAACACAAAGUACAGAAGUAGAAAAUUGCUGCCAUAACUUGAUUUUAAAAUAAAAGUUUGUAAUGCAAUGAAUGUGUAAGAGUGAUACAAGAGCACUAGCUAAUGUGUCUUCUCUCACUUGCAACAUAACUCUUGUUGUCAUAAAUGUUCCCUGGCAACACUAGGCACUUGCAACAGUAAGAAACUUCACAUGUAUCAAGUAUUUUUCCAAAUAUGAAGCUACAUUACAUAACCAUAUCUAUUUGGGUGACUAUUUUUUUUUUAUUGUUAUUUUUAGAUGAGAAUAUAUGCAGUGAAUUAAGACUGAAUUGUUGGAAUAUCACAAUAAUUGUGUGAAAUUUCAUUCGUCAUAAAAUUAUAUUUCACAGGAAAGCAAUGAAGUGCGGAUGAUGGUAAAAGUGCCCUAGUGUGUGCCAGGAGCCACUUUCCCCUCCUCUCCUGCCUUGAGACAAGAAAAGGUUGGAAAUGCUCAUAUUGCACCCCCAUGGCUGUGUCUUACAUUUAUAUAUAUAAAGCUUGUAUUGCUGAAAAUGUCAUAGAUAAUGAAAACUUAUUACCCUACGUUAGGUUGUAAUGGUAUUGCUAAAGUUUUUUGCAGGGCUUUCCAGCGUCUCAACCUUUUCUUUGUAUCAGAAGUAUUUUUUACCAGAAAAAAAGAGGUAUUACCAGAUUACUAAAUUUAGGGUAAUUUUUGUAUAAUUUCACAAUUCCAAAGACCACAAAAGAAAUGCUGGUGAUGAGUGACAGCUCAGUAUUCCAGUGGUACAUUGUCUGUCAAUGGCAGUACCUCUUAUACCAUAUGUCCUGGAUUAAUUUGUGAAAGGCUUCAUGUCACAAGCUCAUCAAAUACUAAGUAGUAGGGUAAUUCAUUAGUUUCAGUGAUUCUCAACAUCGGUCAAACAUUUGUUAUGUGGACCUUAUUCAAGAUUAGUGAAACUGCUUAAAUACCCUAGUCACUGUUGGGACUUUUGGGGAAGCUCAGUUGACCUUACAAAGAUUUGCCAUGCUGGCUGUCUCUGGUAAAGAUUGGUUUCAUUCAGAUAUCUAUAUAAUGGAAUAUUUGGGAACUGAUUUCAUAGCUUUAACAAGGAUUAGCUGUAUAUGAAUUAUUAUGGGACAUAUGGAAAGCCUUCGUGCUGGCUACGUUCAGUGACUAGGCAUUGCUCGAGUGUCAGAUCCCUUAACACAGCUUAGGGUGUGUUUACAUGUGACAAAGUUAAGCAUGUUCAGCUGCCAAACUUGAUAUAUUAAAUCAUUGAAUAUUACUUAGAUGUUUGGUAACAAUAUUUGUAUAGCAGUUCUUAUUGAUAAUUUUUACUGGUUAAUGAUAUGUGGAACAACUUAUUGCAUUUAGCUCUCAAAAGCAUUUCUGUCUUAUGUAUUUCUUUACACAGUAACUUUAAACAAUGCUUUUGUUAAAAAAAAAUUUAAAAACUAAACUCAAAAUAAUUUGGCAAAGAUUCAAUAGUCCUGACAUUGCGAGCAUUUGCAUAAAACCACUGUUCAUCUUCCCAAGCACUUAAAAAAAACACACAUAUACAUAUACACACAGUGGGGAUGUCUUUCCAUGGGUUUUGCAAGAACAUAUUCCUUAAUAUUUUCCAAUUGUAUGUCCAAGGGCCAAGUUGCCAAUUUUGUUCUCUCUCUCGGUGCUACAGGAUUUCAGGCUAAGCUUGGUAUUUAACCUCACUGAGGAAGUACAACAAAACAUUUUGGUGUUAUUCCAAGACAUUUUUGGAAUGGCCUCAUUCACCAUCCAAUAUACAGUAUUAUAGUCACCUCGAAGACUAUAAUAACUGAACUUCAAACUGUGAUUCACUUAAGCAUAUAUGAGCUUUACUUGCCUUGUUUAGCCUGUUCAUGUGCCUCAAAUGAAGUAUGUAUAGCAAAGAUGUGUGUUCUUGUAGGCCAAUGUGUUACACAUCCAAGAGUAGACUGGGAUGAAUCAUAUCUUGGGAAACAGUCAACCCUGGGGUAUGUAAUGUUAACUGAAUAUGUGGUCUCUCCCCCUACAAUGGGCAGAUCAGUUUCAUAAACAUAUAGAGCUUAUGCCAUAUUGUAAUAUUGCUGUCCAUUAUAUCAAGAAUUUUCAAAUAAUUUUAUUUUAUUUUAUUUGUUUUUCUAAUGUAGAUAUUGGGGUAGAUUCACCAUCUAUGCGAGUUUAAAUUUCCCCGCCUGUGUUGAUGCGAGAGACCAUGUAACCUCAAGACUCCCCACAUAUGACCCCACCAGGGUCAUGGUAUCUUAGAAUCAGGUCAGACAUGGCUAGUGUAUUCAGUUGAUGACCAUCAGGUUUACCUCAAUACUGAUACUUGACAGCAUUUUUUAAAUAAUCAAUUGUAAUGUAAUUUAUAUAUAUAUAUAUUUUUUUUUUUUAGAAAUCGUCAGAUGCUAAAAACUGUGGUCACAGUAUACUAAUUUCUUAGUAAGCGAGGGAUUUAUGUCUUUUCUUUUUAAUCCCCAAACUUCUUGUUAAAGGUGAAUUUUCAAUUAUUAAAAAGCAAUGCUAUUUGGUAUACAAAGGAAAUCAGCUGAUUCUCUGUCGACAUGUUACCUGUGAUUCUACUCAGAGCUCUUUGAGAAUGAAUUGCAAGCAAGCAAUGUAUUGUCAUGGAGUCUCUCAGAGGGCUUGAUUGCUAAUGCAGAGUGUCAUUAUCUGCUCUCUUCUGUCCUUAGGGUGAAUGUAUUAUGUGAAUAUGACGAUGGCAAAAUUAUCACCCAAAUAAACGAAGGAGAUCAAUUUAAAAA